AUGUCCUACAAUCGACCUGGUUCUCAGUCCAGCCUUAAGGGGAGUUACAGAAAGAGGACCUGGAUGUUGAGCAGGAGACAGCACAACAGUGACACCGUAGACAAUAUCACAUCUGAGGUUCUAAACAAUGUCACGGAUAUCAAUGAGGAGGCUAACAAUGAUAGCGGCGAUGACAGCUCCAGAAGCUCCAGGAGCUCCAGGAGCUCCAGCAGCAGCUCCAGCAGCAGCUCCAGGAGCUCCAGGAGCUCCAGCAGCAGCUCAAGUAGCUCCAGGAGCUCCAGCAGCUCAAGUUCCUCCAGUGUCUCAAUUCAUAAUCACAAUGCUGACAAGGAUGGCUGUCAGAGUUCUGUAACCAAACAUGUCAUACAAAAGGUAUCCUCUCGAAUUAAACAUAGUGUACCUAUCAAACUAAAAAGUACCAAAGUGUCUGGACUCAAACAGGACCCUGUUUCAGACCCAUCUGUAUAUAAUGACCCAGAGCAUCAGUAUACAGAGGAUGAUGUGUGUUCUGGGGCUGUAUACACUCUACCUAAUCCCCCCAAAACAGAUGACACAGAGCCUGAGUCGGCCCCAUCCGAGGCUACCUCUGCUGAGACCCAGUCCAAGCAACCAGAGACUGCUGCUGAGACCCAGUCCAAGCAACCAGAGACUGCUGCUGAGACCCAGCCCAAGCAACCAGACUCUGCUGCUGAGACCCAGUCCGAGCAACCAGAGACUGCUGCUGAGACCCAGCCCAAGCAACCAGACACUGCUGCUGAGAUUCAGACACCAGAGAUAGACACUGGUGAGACUCAGACCCCGGAGCUAGACACUGUUGCUGAGAUUCAGACACCGGAGACAGAGUCUGCUGCUGACAUUCAGACACUGGAGACAGAGUCUGCUGCUGAAAUUCAGACACGGGAGACAGAGUCUGCUGCUGAAAUUCAGACACCGGAGACAGAGUCUGCUGCUGAAAAUCAGACACCGGAGCCAGAGUCUGCUGCUGAAAUUCAGACACCGGAGCCAGACACUGUUGCUGAAAAUCAGACACCGGAGACAGGGUCUGCUGCUGAAAUUCAGACACGGGAGACAGAGUCUGCUGCUGAAAUUCAGACACCGGAGACAGAGUCUGCUGCUGAUAUUCAGACACGGGAGACAGACACUGUUGCUGAAAUUCAGACACCGGAGCCAGACACUGUUGCUGAAAAUCAGACACCGGAGACAGGGUCUGCUGAUGAAAUUCAGACACAGGAGACAGGGUCUGCUGCUGAAAUUCAGACACCGGAGACAGAGUCUGUUGCUGAUAUUCAGACACGGGAGACAGACACUGUUGCUGAGAUUCAGACACCGGAGACAGCCUACACUAUACCCAACCCCCAGUCUACAGCUGAGCCAGGGUCCCAACGUUUGGGUGAACCAUGUGAAAUGUCUUGCAAUGUGCCUGAAUGUAGAGUUGACAAUGGAAUUCUAUUAGCUGUGCCUGGGUAUCAAGAUAGGGCUGAAGAUGCAGUCUCUGCCACAGAGGACCUAACCAGGUCCGUGUGUGCUAACUCAAAGGGGACCGAAUCUGCCCUGGAUAGCAUUGCAAAGGGAUACAGGUGUGAUAGAUCGGAUGAUGAGGUUGAUGCUGCCCUGGAUAUCAUCACAUGUGUCACGUACGUACGUUUACCUGGAAUCACACACGUUGUGUUAUUGUGGAAAUUGAAUGUAUUGGCUUUGGGUAGAGAUGUGACUUAUGUCUUAUGUCUUUCUUUCUUCUGUUACAGGGCUACCGAGAACGAGAGCGCUCUGGAUGAUAUGCUGAGCGAUGUGGAAUAUGUAAACGCUUUUCCAGAGUGUGACAUGUCUCACUUCUAUGAUUCUGAGCCACAUUUCAGUAGGCCACAGUGGAACGUUAACCCUUGUCCCGGUUUAAUAGUUUCUGCUACAACUGACCCCAGUUCCUCUAUUAUACCACACUCAUCAAGCUCCAUUUGUAAUGUGGUAACCCAACCUAAAGAUGUCUCAGUCAAUGAUGACUGUAUUGGUGACAUGCCCUACCCAGGGUACCCAGGCAACUCCAUGUUUGCUCUUGAUAGGGCAUGUUGUGAUUAUAUAUUUAAACAACAAUCGGCACUGCAGCUGGAUCCCCAUCUGGUUGAGGUACAUCAGGACCACGAUCCCCACGUGUCUACACCACGGCAGGAGGAUGCCGUGGUCCUAGAUCCCGAACAACCAAUAUCUCAAGUACCUUACACUCCACAGCCGACUGUUGAUAUACAUGGGUUGGAUGUGUACAAGCUCAAGCCAGUAACAGCUUUACAGUCGCAAAGGUCAUUAUUCCCCACACCACCACAAUCUGAAGCAGCUGUCACCUAUGAAGAACUAGUGCCUGAUCCCAGUCUACAGAACCUUGACAGCGAUGGAGAUCAAGUGUUGUCAAUUGCGAUGAUAACCCCUUUGAUGAAACAGUUGAUUAUAUGCUCCACGUGUACAAGGACCUUCAACCGAGCGGUCAUAUGUAACACCUACUUGAUUCAGCUGAACAGGCCCAUACAAUGUGCUUGUGGCUGUGUAUUAUGCACACUGUGUUACAGUGAACAUGGUGGUUGUAGCCGACACAAUAUGUCAUCCACAAGGGCCCCUGUAAGCACCACAGCCAGCACCCUUGCCAAUUGCCCUGCUCUGGAGCAUUUAGGAGCCUGGGAUCUGGAACUCAACAAAGGUGAUGUGUUCAAAACAGACAAUGAAGUCAAUGUCCAUGUGCAGCUGUUAAUGAAUAAGGAGCAAUCACCUGACAUGGACACCCUGAGACCCGGUAGGUAUAUUACUAUUUCUAGAUCUCUCUAUGUCAACUUUUUAUACUACUACUAUGACUAGCCCUAUAAUGUAGCUUAACUGACACUGUUGUCUUUCCACACAGUGUUCAACCAACUUGUCACAGCAAAGGACACCAUGUCCUUCAAGUACUGGGUAAACGAAGCAAUGCCAGAAGAGGUGGCCUGCAGAUAUGUCUGCAUCCCUCAUAUACCUGGUUUCUGGGAUCACGUCGUGGUGGGAACCCGGACCCUUCCCAAAACGGCGAACAUGAUCGGGCCCGAUGACUCCUUGCCAAGAUUGUUCAAUGUGCCACUAGGGUCCUACAAGUUUCAUUGGUGCUGUUUUGUUCUGAAGAAACAGAUCAUUUUAACUAUGUGGUACACUUCAAUGCCCAGGAGAGGGCAGCCUAAGGUAUCCACACUGGUUGACAGCACACUGAAGAACUAUACCUCAAGCAUAGAGUUUAGACGAAUGGUAUUCUAUCUGUGUAGGUGGUUUACAGCUCAGUACGGGUCCCCACCAAACAGGCGGCUUAACGUGGUGUUAGAUUGUAAACCUAGUGAAGGUCCUACUUUGGUCCAUGUCAUAGCUUUCCUGGCUUCACGCCUAGGGAUGGAAAAGGUAACACCUCAGUUCUCCCAGCAUAGGGCCAAAGAUGACCGAAAUUACAGUUUCAAUGUCAGGUAUGCCAAUACCAUGUUCACGUGCCCCUCAGAUGGUACUUCCGAAGGUAAUUAUGUAGAUAUUGUUGAGGAGUUUAGCUCCUACCACAACAGCAGUUGUAAUGACAUUGGUCUCACUCGCGUGUCUACCACCACAGAGGUUUAUAGUUUCCUUUAAAGUACAGCAAUGCUGUUUGUACAUGUGGUAUAUUGCAUAUCACACGCCCCUCCGAUGGUAAUUCCGUAGAUACUUAUAUAGGUAUUGUUGAGGAGUUUAGCUCCUACCACAACAGCGGUUGUAAUGACAUUGAUCUCACUCACGUGUGUACCACCACCGAGGAACAAUAUCUUUUAAUGUACAGCAAUGCUUUUUUUUUGUAUAUGUGGGUAUAUUACAUUUUGUUAAAGCAAUCUAAAUGUGUGGCCAUGUGGUGAAACAUGACCUUUUAUGUGUUGGUUGACAAGGGUCCCUUGACUAAUGAAAUUACAUCUGAUGUGGUUCCUAGAUUUUGUGAUAUAUAGAGGACCUAUUUUUCUUUACAAUAGGUUAAUGUCUAUACCAUGUUAAACCUAUUCUGUCUAUUCUUUUUACCACUGACCUG